CGAUCAGGCAGACCCUUCAACAACAGCCCUGCAGACCUUCAUCCAGGCUCCCACUCUUCAGCAGCCAUGACCCCACUGCUCGCCCUGCUGGGAGCGGCGCUCUGCUCCCUGACGGCGUCCGCCGAAGUCGUGCCUCUGGCGAAUUUUGACUUACAGGCGAUGGCAGGAAAGUGGUACCUGAUCGGCUUCGCCACCAACGCCCAGUGGUUCGUCACCCGCAAAGCUACUAUGAAAAUGGGCACCGCCAUGCUGACGCCUACCGCAGAGGGAGACCUGGACCUGUCCUACUCCAGCCUCAGCUCCGACGGUUCUUGCUGGAGGAAGAACAACGUGGCCAAGAAGACGGACGUGCCCGGGCAGUUCACCUACGUCUGUCAGCGUUACGGCAGUGUGAACGACAUGCGCGUGGUGGACGCCAAGUAUGACGAGUACGCCCUGGUUCACACCACCAAAAAGAAGAACGGGGAGAUCAGCACCGUCACCAAGCUCUACGGCCGCGGAGAGGAAGUCGGCGCCAACGUGAUGGAGAAAUUCAGACAGCUCGCCUCGGAGGCCGGCACUCUGCCUGAAAAUAUCGUCUUCCUGCCUAAAAACGCCGAGUGCCCAGCUGCCUAAUUCCCCUCAUCUAGGUCAUGGUGUGGGCGACGCGGGCCGCGGAUCAUUACCUUUGCUGUGGAAACGCUCAUCUAUCAAGGCUACAACUCAACUCUCCCCCCUCCCCUCCCUCUUGGCACCAUGAGUGAAUAAAAACGAGAAAACAGCUAAAA